AUGGGCUUCGCGUCGUCUCCCUUGCUGACACGUUUGUUCCUAAGUUACACAAAUAGUCUUGCCUUGACUCGAGCAGCUCUUCCAGCGCGGUGGUUCGGACCUCGAGUGCAACCCUGUUUAAUUACUGCGCACCAAUGCAACUACAAUUUACCAGUAGCAUGGAGCCUUGUGACUACUUGUAUCGUUAAGCCCCCUGAAUAG